AUGGCGGCGGCCGGUGCUCGCGCGCUGCUGGCGCUGACCGUGGCCGCGCUGGGCCUGGGCCUGUCCCGGGCGGGGGGCGGCGGCGGCCCCCGCACCCUGGUGCUGCUGGAGAACGUGAGCCUGCGGGACACCCACUCGCUCUUCCUGCGCAGCCUGGCCGACAGGGGCUUUGAUCUAACCUUUAGGACUGCUGAUGACCCUGGCCUGUCUCUCAUAAAAUAUGGGGAAUUCCUGUAUGACAACCUCAUCAUAUUUUCUCCAUCUGUAGAAGAGUUCGGAGGCAACAUCAACGUGGAGACCAUUGCUGCUUUUAUUGACGGAGGUGGAAAUGUUCUAGUUGCUGCCAAUUCAGACAUCGGUGACCCCCUUCGAGAGCUGGGGAGCGAGUGCGGGAUAGAGUUUGAUGAGGAGAAGACCGCUGCCAUUGACCAUCACAACUAUGAUGUGUCUGAUCUGGGCCAGCACACCCUCAUUGUAGCAGACUCUGAAAAUCUCCUGAAGGCUCCGACAAUUGUGGGGAAAAGGCCGCUGAACCCCAUCCUCUUCCGGGGAGUUGGGAUGGUGGCUGACCCUGACAACCCUCUGGUCCUGGACAUCCUGACUGGCUCCUCGACCUCGUACUCCUUCUUUCCUGACAAGCCUAUCACACAGUACCCUCAUGCUGUGGGGAAGAACACGCUCCUGAUUGCUGGUCUCCAGGCCCGAAAUAACGCCCGCGUAGUUUUCAGCGGGUCCCUGGAUUUCUUCAGUGAUGCGUUCUUCAACUCUGCUGUGCAGAAAGCUACGCCAGGCUCUCAGAGGUACCCCCAGACGGGGAACUCCGAGCUGGCUGUGGCCCUGUCCCGCUGGGUGUUCAAGGAAGAGGGCGUCCUGCGCGUCGGAGAGGUGUCCCACCAUCGGGUGGGGGAGACAGCGCCCCCUAGUGCCUACACUGUCACUGACUUGGUGGAGUACAGCGUCGUGAUUGAGAAGCUCUCUGAGGGCAAGUGGCUGCCCUUUGAUGGGGACGACAUUCAGCUCGAGUUCGUCCGCAUCGAUCCGUUUGUCAGGACCUUCCUGAAGAGGAAUGGAGGCAAAUACAGCGUCCAGUUCAAGCUCCCUGAUGUCUACGGAGUGUUCCAGUUUAAAGUGGAUUACAACCGCCUGGGCUACACACACCUCUACUCAUCUACACAGGUGUCUGUGCGUCCCCUCCAGCAUACACAAUAUGAGCGCUUCAUCCCCUCCGCCUACCCUUACUACGCCAGUGCCUUUUCCAUGAUGGUGGGCGUCUUCCUCUUCAGCAUCGUAUUCCUGCACAUGAAAGAGAAGGAGAAAUCGGACUGAGCAGCAGGC